CAAAAAUAAUUUUAUAUGCGGUUAGAAUCGUUAGAAUCAUGUCAUUGUUAUUUUUCUUGGAACAUACUAAAAUAUGGGUUUCCAUACUGAUAUUGUGUUUAUUAAAUUAUAUAAGAACUUUUCAUGUUGUGUUUACUAUAGCAGGUGGUGUGUUUACGAAAAUAACAGUUAGUAUAUUAAAACAAAUAAUUCGACAACCUCGUCCAUAUCACGUAACCAUCCCAACUUCGCAAUCUAUUACAAUAAAACAAAGAAAAUCUUAUGGAAUGCCAUCUUCACAUUCUGCAAUAAUAAUUUAUUUUGCAACUUUCAUAUCCCUUCAAUUAUUUAAUGUAACUACUAAUUCAUCUUCUUCAGUUAAAUUAUUUUCUUUUUUACUAGUUUUUAUAAUAGCUUUGUUGAUAUUAUGGUCUAGAAUUGAAUUAGGUCAUCAUACAACAGCCCAAGUAUUAAUGGGUAUGCUUUUAGGUAUUAUAUUUGCUAUAUUUUGGAACAACUUAUGGGUGAAUUAUUGGAUGCCUUUUUUACUUGAAUUAAAAUUGGAUGGUCAGUUAAGUUAUGUUGAAUUAGAGAUUAUAUGGAAAUUGGUUGAUAAAUUUAUUAAUGAGAGGGGUUGGGUGGAAGAGAACCUUAGAAUGGAUUAUUUUUAUGGCAACAAUUAACUGUUUCUUUUCAUUUAAUAAAACUUAACUAAGUAAAGAUCGGCAUACUAAUUCACGACGUUCUUUAAAGUUCCUCAA